GAGAAAUCUGUUACAAUAUCUUUUUUGGCAAAUAUAUUCUAGAUCCUUUGUAGGCCUAGGUUUUUUCUGUUAAAAGCAAUGUGUUAACUUGCAUUUUUUUUAAUGAAUUAUAAGCCUGCCCUACCUUGAAAAUAGUUAAGCCAAGAAACCAAAAGGUGGACGGACUUGCCUUAAGCUCUUUUCUUUGUCAUCCACAAUAAAUUGGGGGGGGGGGUUGAACUGUGUUAUGUGCCUGUACCAAUUCUCCACAAUGAAUUUAAUCAUUCUAUACUGCAAACAUGUACUAAUACAAUUUAAAAGUAAGUUAGUGUAUUUUGGUAUAGGCAGGUUCCUUCCUUUCUGCUAGGUUUGUGUGUGCUUCUGUCACUGAAACUAGGAAAAGAUGUUACUGCUUAGUAAUUUGGCUUUUGGUUUUUAUUUCUCCAAUCAAACCUCUUUAGAGAAAAGGUUGUGUUUUUUGGUCGUUUUUUUUUUUUUUUUAUGAUUUAUUUUAGCUGGGAGAGGACCAAGGAUCGUGUGUUGAGCCUUUAUUGUUGAGGACACAGUACUAGAAGUCACAAUUCCAGCCUCUUGGAACUGCCAGCAACUCAGGUGGUAACUGUUCUGCCGAUUUUGCACCAGGCAUUUAGUACACAUUCACUUCUUGCUCCCUCAGGAUCCAUGGUCCAACGCAGGGUUUGUAAUGAAGCUGGGUACUGUAAAGGGUAAGAGCUGAGAGAGAACAGCCCAACAGCCAAAUUUCCACCCAGGAACUACAUAAUGAAAUAGUCUGGCUUCUUUGAACCUCAGUUUUCCCAUCUGAAAAAUGCUAUCUACCUUGUAGAGUUUCGAAUUUAAAGGAGAUCCUCAUGUGAACCAGUUAAAAGAGUGGCUAACUAGUGGGUGGUAGGUGUUAGUGGCAUGCAAGAUGGUGAGUGCUGUGAUAGAGGGUUAUUGGGGGGUGCAGGGAUCAAGGAGUCUGUGGAAGGGUAGGAGGAGUAGGCAGUUUAGCAAGGAACAGCUUUUUAAUCCAAAUCUAGGCACUAAGCACUUUCAGAAGGCAUGAAGAAGCCUAAGAUCAUUUAAGACAGCCUUCCUUUGUGAAAGUUGCAUUCUAGUGUAUGUAAUUAAUAUAUGCUGCAUUCCAAGGCAGGCUGUCUUGGAUUUUGUUUCUCCAAUCAGACCUCUUUAGAGAAAAGGUUGUGUUUUUUGUUUUAUUUCAUUUUUUGAAUGAUUUAUUUUAGUUGGAAGAGGACCCUCAGCACUGGUCUGAACAACUAGGCACCGUGGAGAAGGACAUACUGGUCUAAUACAACCUCAGCUGAUACUAGUUUGCGAUAUCUAUGCAGUCUUACCAAAUCAAUUAUAAAACAGAAAACCAGGUCAUGAAACGGGUGCGCACCGAGCACGUCCAGAUGGCAGUGUCCUGCUACCUCAAGCGCCGGCAGUAUGUGGAUUCCGAUGGCCCCCUGAAGCAAGGCCUGCGUCUGUCUCAGACUGCUGAGGAGAUGGCAGCCAACCUCACAGUCCAGUCAGAGUCUGGUUGUGCCAACAUAGUGUCUGCAGCCCCUUGCCAGGCAGAACCCCAGCAAUACGAAGUACAGUUUGGGCGGCUGCGGAAUUUUCUCACUGAUUCUGAUUCCCAGUACAGCCAUGAAAUUAUGCCUCUCCUCUACCCACUGUUUGUCUACCUCCAUCUCAGCUUGGUCCAGAGCAGCCCGAAGAGCACAGUGGAAAGUUUCUAUAGCCGCUUCCAUGGAAUGUUCCUGCAGAAUGCAAGCCAGAAGGAUGUUAUUGAGCAGCUGCAGACCACCCAGACCAUCCAGGACAUCCUGUCCAACUUCAAGCUUCGUGCAUUCCUAGAUAACAAAUACGUGGUCCGUCUCCAGGAAGACAGCUACAACUACCUGAUCCGCUACCUCCAAAGUGACAACAACAGUGCUCUCUGCAAAGUCCUCACCUUACAUAUCCACCUGGAUGUGCAGCCUGCUAAGAGAACAGACUACCAGCUCUAUGCCAGUGGUGGCUCCUCCCGCAGUGAGAGUACCGGCCUGGAGCCCCCAGAUGUGCCCAGCCCCAUUCUGCAGAAUGAGGCCGCCCUGGAGGUCUUACAGGAGAGCAUCAAACGUGUCAAGGAUGGCCCCCCCUCCCUCACCACCAUCUGCUUCUACGCCUUCUACAACACAGAGCAGCUGCUAAACACUGCAGAAAUUUCCCCUGAUAGCAAGCUGCUUGCUGCUGGGUUUGACAACUCCUGCAUAAAACUCUGGAGUCUGCGGUCGAAGAAGUUGAAAUCAGAGCCCCACCUGGUAGACACGUCACGUAUUCGCUUGGCUUGUGACACUCUGGAGGAAGAGGAGGAUGAGGAGGACAGCGCAGGCACAGAGAUGAAGAUCUUGCGGGGACACUGUGGACCAGUGUACAGCACACGUUUCCUCACAGACAGCUCAGGGUUGCUCUCUUGUUCUGAGGACAUGUCCAUUCGGUACUGGGAUCUGGGGAGUUUCACCAACACUGUGCUGUAUCAAGGACAUGCCUACCCUGUGUGGGACCUGGACAUCAGCCCCUACAGCCUAUACUUUGCCAGUGGGUCCCACGACCGCACCGCAAGGCUGUGGUCCUUCGAUCGGACGUACCCACUGAGGAUAUAUGCAGGACAUCUGGCAGAUGUGGACUGUGUCAGAUUCCACCCUAACUCUAACUACUUAGCCACAGGUUCAACCGACAAGACUGUCCGGCUGUGGAGUGCCCAGCAGGGGAACUCGGUGAGGCUUUUCACAGGCCACCGUGGCCCCGUGCUUUCUCUGGCUUUCUCUCCCAAUGGGAAGUACUUGGCAUCUGCUGGCGAGGACCAGCGGUUGAAACUGUGGGACCUGGCCUCUGGGACCCUUUUUAAAGAGCUGAGAGGCCACACAGACAGUAUCACCAGCCUCGCCUUCAGCCCUGACAGUGGCCUAGUGGCCUCUGCCUCCAUGGACAACUCGGUGCGCGUGUGGGACCUUCGGAACACGUGCUGUAGCGCUCCCGCAGAUGGCUCCUCCAGUGAGCUCGUGGGUGUGUACACUGGGCAGAUGAGCAGUGUCCUGAGUGUGCAGUUCAUGGCUUGCAACUUGCUUCUGGUGACCGGGAUCACACAGGAAAAUCAGGAGCACUGAUUCUUACCUUGGCUGGAAUGGACUGGGCUGUGGUGAGAGGCUCUGGCCACAGCAUGGACAUGCUGAGGAAAUUACUGAUGGACUGUGAAAGAGCCUGCCCACUGUUCAGCCUCAGUGUCAUGGGACUCAGGCAGGGCCUGGGCAUGGCUUGGUGAUGCCUGGACUCGAGAUGAGCACUAGGAUGCUCUGAGGUCGGUGGCAUGUUCCUAGAGGACCCUUGGGACCUCGUGUGCAAGCACCUUCCUGUUUGCAUCUUGUCCUCCAGCGUGCUUACUGAGGGCAGUUGCCAAGUGCUCUCCACGGCACCCCUAGACGCCUUUAGUUGGGCCACCCUCAAGGAGGGAAGUGGGGACAGAACUGGGAAAGGGAGCGAUGGUCCUUUUCCUGGAUGACAGAACCAGGAUUUUCUAUUAUUGUUAUUAUGAUUAUUAUUAUUACUGCGAAGAGGAGACCUAGCACUGGCAGAGGGGAACAUCUCUGCUUCUAUCUUCAGGUUUGACUCCUGGCACUGGCUGUGAUACUUGUAAUUUUGAGCUUCAGGGAAUUCAGAGAUUUUGGUGGCACAGUGUAUCAGGAAAGAGUGAAGUCUUGAGUGCACGUUGAGCACACCAAACCAUACCUAUAUGGAAGUCGGUGGGUGGGUUGACUGAGAACACUGGGCUCUUGCAGUGAUGGUGGGAAAGAGUCUUGGCUGCACUUCUAUCAAUAAUUCUUUCCCCUGAAAACAAAGAUUAUGGUAGGGUGGGGUGCAGCUUAGUGGUAGCACAUUUGCCUAGCAUGUGCGAGGCCCUGGGCUCAAUCCCUAGUACCUCCAAAAAAAUGAUUAUGGUAAAGAAUAAUUUGGAGUAAGUCAUAAAAUAGAAUUAGUGUUAGAUUUCGGAGUGACUGUUAAUCAGCUCUCUCUCCUGCAGUGAGCGCAUCACGAGGUGAAUCCUGAGUGUGCAUGCACAUGUCAAACUGUGCCCUGAGGAUAAAGCAAGUUCUAAUGUAUGGGGAAAGGAUUAAAUAUUUCUUUUUUUCCAAAAA